UAUCAUAAUAAUAAUUACACAACACUACCGCAAAGAAAAAGCAAAUCCAAUCCAACAAAGCUCCUCCUCCUCCUCCUCCAUCAUCUCCUUCUCCCCUGCCUCUGUCCCCUGAACCUGUCAAUUCCUGUCAAUCCCCAUGGAGGAUUUCAGAUCCAAGUCAUGCAGGGAUGGAGGGAUGCAGAUUGAUAGCUACUAUGGGGGCAGGACUGUGCCGGCAAGCAUGCAGGAUCUGAGGUCUUACAGUGUCAGCUAUGGCGGCUCCUCUGCGCAGCCAAACCAGAUAGUAAAGGAGGUGAAGAUGAAGAAAGGGAAAAGCAGUGUUGGGUCUAUUUCAAAGAGCUGGAGCUUCUCUGAUCCAGAGUUGCAGAGGAAGAAGAGAGUUGCUGGGUACAAGGUGUACGCUGUGGAGGGGAAGGUCAAAGGUUCUCUCAGGAAGAGCUUUAGGUGGAUCAAGAAAUCCUACACCCAAGUGCUCUAUGGAUGGCGAUGAUUCAGUUCAGUGAUGGAUGGGUAUAUUCUUCUUUUUCACUUCUGAUUUGGGUUGGUUGAGUUUCUUACCAAGGUUGUCGUGGAUGUGUUUGGAAAAUCUUUUAUCUCAAAUUUAAUAGCAAUACUAUAGAAUAUAGAUGUGGGAAUACCUUCCUAUUGUUGAA